GCCAAUGGGAAGGCGGCGCGCGCGCCCCCCCUCGGGGCUAUAAGUGCGCGCCGGGCGGCGGAAAGUGAAAGUGGUGCGGGCGAGGCGCGGGCGGCUGGGGCCUGAGCCGAGCAGCGGGGAUGCUCAGGGCUUGCGAGCAGCGGCCGGGGGAGGCAGAGGCGGCCGGCUGCAGCCCCCGGGCUGCACCGCCAACCCAGCCCAAACCGCUCACCUCCUUCCUCAUCCAGGACAUCCUGCGGGACCGCGCAGAGCGGCGCGGCGGCCACACCUGCAGCCCGCAGCCCCCGCGCCAGCCCGACCCUAGGCGGGACCCCGGGCCGGAGCCCGCUGGAGAGAGAGGCCGCGCAGGGGCACUGGAGGAAGGACCGAACGCUGGGCCCGGAGCCACGCUGGGGGAGGCCGAGACGCUGGCGGAGACCGCGCCAGUCAGGCACUUUGAGACGUAUGUGCUGGACUGCGAGGACGCAGCAGGCACCUUACCGAGCCUUCCCCAAACUGCCAAGCAGCCGCAGAAACGCUCGCGAGCCGCCUUCUCCCACACUCAGGUCAUUGAGUUGGAGAGGAAGUUCAGCCAUCAGAAGUACCUGUCAGCCCCUGAGAGAGCGCACCUGGCCAAGAACCUCAAGCUCACAGAGACCCAAGUGAAAAUUUGGUUCCAGAACAGACGCUAUAAGACUAAGCGAAAGCAGCUCACCUCGGACCUGGGGGAGCUGGAGAAACAUUCGCCCCUGCCAGCCCUGAAAGAGGAGGGCUUCUCCCGGGCCUCCCUGGUCUCCAUGUACAGCAGCUACCCGUGCUAUCCCUACCUUUACUGCCUGGGCAGCUGGAGCCCUGCUUUCUGGUAAAGUCAGCUCAGAUGACAAUGCUGUGUGAUCCAAAACUGCCUUCCCCACGGUUUCUCUCUGGAAAGCAAAAGGGACCAAGAUCAGGGAACAUUGGGGAGCAAGAGGGAUGCAGAUCAAAACCAUUGGAGGUUUGUGUGCAAAUCCCAGAUUCUUCACUGGUGGACCCAUAAAAAACUAGGGCAGUAAAUAUUUUAAUAUCUAAGUAGUUCCUGCAGUGCAUAGUGUAAGUUGUUGCUUUUAGGGGAGACAGAAAGUCAAGUGCUGUUUCCAGCACUUUGUAUCAUUUUGGUUGUGGUGCCAGCAUCACUCCUGGGGAUUCUGUUGCUACAACUCCCUCUUCUUGUGGCACUGGUCACUGACUCUGAAAAAGCAAACCAGCAGAGAAAAAGGAAAGCGCUGAUGAGGAUGUUGUCUGCUGAAUUAAACCUAAGUUCAAAAGCCUUUCAUUAGCCUUGGGUCAUGGCCAAGGUUAUGUUCUGUCCCUGUAAGAGAAGGUCCCAGAGAGAAACACCUUGCACUCAUGGUGAUUGGCAUGGGACAUGGAAAUAUGAAGGAGGAAACAAAAGUAGCAGCUUCUUCUUAUUCCUUUUAAAUUGUAUGCUACUUUUAGUAUUCAUAGGGUGGCAUUUGCUGUGGUUUUAAGACAAGCUGUGUAAACAAAACUCAACUGCAAGGGCAAGGCCAUGCCAGAAGAUUCUCUGCAUUUCCCUAGGCAGUGACCCCAGGAUGCUCUUGGGACCAGUGCAUUUUUAUUAGCACGGUGGAAAGAGUUCUUUUCAACCUUUAUAUGCUGGACCAGGGAAAUUAGAAUCAGAAUUUUCCUGAGGUCUUCAUGCCACAAUUUGUACUAUAACAUGACAGAUGACACCAUUCUUUACUAUAAGGUACUGUCUUUCUCCCCUUCUUAUGUAGUUAUCACUCACUAUAGGCCUUUUUUUCAAUCUACACUUUUGUUCUGGCUAUACCUAACCUACACCUUCCUCAUUCAGCCUGAGAUUUUGUCAUUGUUGUUGUCAUCAUUGUUUUUUUUCUCAAAGCUUUAUCUGUCUUAACUUAAAAAAUAAGUAGGAAGAGGCAGCUUCUAAACAGACAAAAAGGCAUGCAUUUCUUAAUCUGGAAACUCUUACUUCUUUCCUUAAAAAAGUAACAUCAUUAAAUCCCAAAAUCUAUUUAAAGACUCGACUGCCCAAGCAGGUCACUGCUGCUUUUAUAGGACUUUCUGGUGACUCUGAUGCCACAAUUCAAAGUCUGAGAACCCUUGGGGCCCCCUGCAGGCAGAGGAGGUAGGGGUACUGGGUUUUCUUUUCUUUUCUUUUCUUUUCUUUUCUUUUCUUUUCUUUCUUUCUUUCUUUCUUUCUUUCUUUCUUUCUUUCUUUCUUUCGACAGGCAGAGUGGACAGUGAGAGAGAGAGAGACAGAGAGAAAGGUCUUCCUUUUGCUGUUGGUUCACCCUCCAAUGGCCGCCGUGGCCGGCACACCGCGCUGAUCCGAAGCCAGGAGCCAGGUGCUUCUCCUGGUCUCCCAUGGGGUGCAGGGCCCAAGCACUUGGGCCAUCCUCCACUGCACUCCUGGGCCAUAGCAGAGAGCUGGCCUGGAAGAGAGACAACCAGGACAGAAUCCGGUGCCCCAACCGGGACUAGAACCUGGGGUGCCGGUGCCACAGGCGGAGGAUUAGCCUAUUGAGCUGCAGCGCCAGCCAGGUACUGGGUUUUCACAUGGAAGAACACAGUGCAAAAUGAAGGGCUGAGGAGCUGGUCUUCUCCAGUUGUCUAGUGGACAUGGAGGCUCGUGGGCAGGCCGUGGGAGAGAAGGCAGCCCAGAUCUUUGGAAGCCCAGUCCACUGAGCAAGCAAAGGGGGCUGAUAGCACUUGGCAGGAAGAGGCUGAGAACAAGGAAACUUUUCAGAACACAACAUUAUGAUGGCCUCAGUUUCCAGAUAAACAAACUCUCCAAAUACUUUGGGGACUGUGUUUAAUGCCUGUAAUGGGUCCUCCACAUAGGAUACCUAGUGACUUCAGAGAGGGUGAGCUGAGAACAAAAGAAGUUUGGUUGUCCUUCUGUGUCUGUCUUAGUAGCUCAUGUGACCUGGUAGAGGGGAUUCCCAGAAAACAAAACUUUACUAACAAGGAACCCCAAGGCCUAAUUCUACCUAAUUCUGUUUUGUGAGAAUGCUUUCAAUUUCCUCCUGUUAAAAGAGCCAGUUCACUAUCUGGCAAAACUGCCUAUGUGAAGUUUGUAAAAGGGUGUCCCGUUUUCCCCAUUCUCUAUGUUUUGGGCUCCAUGUUGAAAUACCGCUAUUAGAUGCUGCUGCCCCCACCUCAGGACUGACUGCUCCAAAGGUGAACUAGCCUGAAUCGCUUUCUCCUUCUCACAUGACUUUUAAGAUGAGCAUUUAGUGCUUCCUCCUUACUCAGGACUUUUUCACUCCCCACCCUCUGAAUAUAAUUCUUUUCAACAUGCAGUUGUGCAAGGAUUAGGCAUUUUACAAUGAUGUAUGUUGUAUUGCAAAAACAAAAAGCCUCUGUUUAAAAUUGUUUGGCUUGUGAAUCCAUCUUGCAUUUUUCCUACUGGAGUUAGCUAUCUGUGCAUAUGUGAACUGGUGAAAGAUCAUUUGAAAAGCUAGUCUGCCAGAACCCGACAGGUAGCCUGGACAGCGCCCUGGACCAUUGUGCCAAGCAGCCUGUGUCUAUCCUGUUGAAUCAGUCAGUUUGAGUUCUCCACAUGUGUAAUAAACCCUGCUCCAAUCUGUAACACAAAAGUCUGUGACUUGAAUUUUAGUAAAGCACUCCAAUCAAACUUUAUUUUUCUAUGAAUUUUUUUGCAGCAAAUGGGUGUUUUUAAAAUAAAGUCUAUGUCUAUAUUAGA